AUGCAUACUGGAGAAGCACCGACCACAUCGACUUCGCUUAAUAUUCAUACACGUUGUAAAGAACUGACCAAAAAAGCUGGCUCCUCAUCGGGUCACGCCUCGUGCGAUUCGUUGAACAGUGUUCCAUCAUUCGAAACGCUCGUUCGCAUUUGCACAACAGAAAUACCUCAAUUGGAAGUUGAAGAGGAGGAUAACCGGAUCAAGCGGCUACCUUCACAUGAAUCAGUAGAAAAAUUAGGAUUUGAUUCUGUACCUAUGGAAAGAAGAAAUAUGCAAACCCUUUCACCGGCUUCUCCUGUUGUUGCAAAAAGUGCGCCGACUCUUAAUAUGCAUCGACAAAUUCCUCAUUCAAGUAGCAUGCAAUUUGGUAAUCCACGGUCUCCAAGAGCAAAUGCGCCUGGCAGGUUGUUUCAUCACGCAAUUCCACAUGUUUGGCAACGCCGCAGCACAUGGCGAAUCAGCGACAAUACUUGCUCUCUUUGUCGGCGACCACUUGGAUCUGGUUUUCUGCAUUCCUAUGAGAAAUGCCGUAGCUGCAGGUGGAAAGUACAUACACACUGUAAACCACGUGUUGGAGAUUCAUGUGGCCUUACUGCGGAGCAUCUUCGAGCAGUGUUAGAAGAAAUGAUACUUCAAAACAAUCAGGACUCUUGGGGUGGACCUCAAUCAGCGUUGCCAUUGCCGUUGUCUCGAUCACUGCAUUCCGGCUCGGCUUUUGAAUAUCCAGACACAAAUACUAUGGGUGACUCAUCAUCAUCGACAAACAGCUCAGCACCAUCAACACCAGCCAUGCUCAAUUUGAAUCAAAAUUCGCCAUAUGUCUCGACGGUUCCUUCUAGAACUGUAGAUCGAAAAUUCACUUUUCCUGACUCAGUACCCGAAGUCCCAGAUAUUAUCCUUCCAGAACCAAGCGACGACCGAACCGCCGCUUCAUCGACUGCUGAAAGUGGUUAUGGCCAAACACUCGGUCCUUCGUCUCAUCAGAGUGAAUCUACAUUAGUUGAAAGUUUUGGAAGUCAGUUAGAAAUGUCGGCUACUGGCUCCGAGAGUUCUAGGCUGGAACAUACUUGGGAUAGAAACAAAUGGAAUAUGUCUACUAUUCGAGGUCAUUCGGCGAGUCAGGCUUGGCACGAUAUUUCCAUCGCACUAAGCGAGAUUGAAUUUCAAAACUUGAUUGGAAAAGGUCGAUUUGGUGAGGUACGACGAGGCAGCUAUUAUGGUGAAGUAGCUGUUAAAUUUCUUAAUAUGAAUCACAUCGAAGAGAAGAAACGAUUGGAAGAGUUUAAAAAAGAAGUAGCCAGCCUGAAGAGUGUGAGACAUGACAGCAUCGCCAUGUUUAUGGGCUGUUGCUACGACCAGAAUUCCUUUGGGAUAGUUACUGGACUGUGCAAAGGUCAAUCAUUGUAUAAUAUUUUACACAACGGAACUUCCAAGGAACGUUUGGAUUUGUUUAACACUGUUCAAUAUGCGCUACAAAUUUGUCAAGCCGUCGCCUACCUUCAUACAAAGAAGAUUAUUUACCGGGAUUUACGCUCAAAGAACAUUUUCAUUGAGAAUAAGUCAAGAGUACAAAUAACGGACAUCGGAUUGAGCAGCAUGCAUCGAAUGAGUUACCCACCAAGGAAAUAUGUCAUAUCGACGCCAACUUAUUGGAUUACCUAUCUUGCUCCAGAAUUGAUUCAACAGAUAGCCUCUGACUAUCGAGAAUUGGCAUAUACUGAACAAACGGAUGUAUUCUCUUUUGGGACUAUUUGGUAUGAACUGAUGACACACAGUUUUCCAUGGAGAAAUACUCAUCCUGAUGAGAUCGUAUGGCGUGUUGGGAAUGGUUUCAAAUCACCGACAACUCGGAUGAUUGCUGCUCUUGACGUAAAGGAUAUUCUGCUGCGUUGUUGGAGAUUUAACCCAGAAGAUCGGCCAUCUUUUAUGGAACUUCAGACACAAAUUGGAGCAUUGCCUCGAAAACGACUUGAACGGAGUCCUUCAUAUCCCGCCUUGCGCAGCUAUGAAAGUGUAUUU